AUGUCAUCGCAAGAUCCUCUUGAUCAUUUCGUUAAAGGGUAUCCGAAACUGGCUGCGCAGAUGGAGAUACUACCUGAGCUCGCCGUAUUCCGCAGGUUUGGGGCCCUCAAUGCUCAAAACCUGCUGUACAUGCAGGCUGAGCUUACGUAUCUGGAGAAUAAGCUACGAGAGCGGCAGCUGGCCGACCACAUGGAUCCAUCGGGGAAGAGGGUAGCAUUUGCUCUGAACUGGUUCUGGCUCCGUGAAUCCGCAAACACUGGCACAGGUGAACAACUGGAAUUAGUAAUGAAGAUUAGGAAAACGCUCAAAGAGUACAAUGAUGCUUUAACACAACAAGCCAAGAUUCUCAAGUACCCUCAGCCUAGCACUUGGGAUCUCCACCACAUCCAAAACUAUCUCCAGUCUGCGGCAAUGGGCGAUCUUGCGUUAAACGGACCCGACGCAGAGAUAUGGGGCUCUGCCUGUAAUCGAAAGUCCUACAAGCCGGACCUGGUGACGCUAUGUCCGCGCGCAAAGAAGGACGCCUUUUCCGCGUGGGCUGCAGAGAGUACCAUCACCAACCUCUUCAGGUGUGGCUGUGCUCGACACAUGAAGCCUUCUCGCGUUCAUGGAGUGGUCGGCUACGAAGAUAGCACUAUCUAUCGCAUCACCUAUUGGAUCACCAGUAUCCUCGCAUCUCUCAUACCGAUAGCGUCCAUUGCCGUGCUAUAUCGCGUUCAGUCCAUGACUGCUCGACUUGGGAUCAUUGCUGGGUUCAAUGUUUUGGUUUCUAUUUGCUUGAUGGGUUUGGCCAAUGCGAAACGCGCCGAGGUGUUUGCUAUUACUGCUGCGUGA